AUGGUCGACUCAGCUGCAAACCUUUCAUCUUUUCUCAAGCUCACUCCCUCAACCCCCCUGACCACAAUGGCAGCUCUCAAGCUCAACAGCAAGAACCUGCAACGAAUUGGACAGGCAAGUCUUGGGAAGAUCCAAAUCCCAAGCUACCGUGUCCGCAAGGAACCUGUUACUGAGGGAAUCGUCCACAUUGGCGUGGGCGGCUUCCACAGAGCUCAUCUCGCCGUCUAUGUCGACCAAUUGAUGGAGAAGCAUGGUAUUAGGAACUACGCAAUUUGCGGCGUUGGCUUGCAACCCUUCGAUGCUGCUAUGCGCGAUGUCCUGAGAGAUCAGGACCACCUCUACACCGUCAUGGAACGCUCCGACAAGAGGAAUUUCGCCCACAUUGUUGGAUGCAUCAAUUCAUACCUCUAUGCCCCUGACAACCGCGAAGCUGUCAUCGCCAAGAUGGCCCAUCCUGAUACCCGUAUUGUGUCGCUCACUAUCACCGAAAGCGGCUACUACUACAACGAGAAUACACACGAGCUGUUAAGCGAGCACCCAGAUAUCAAGUCCGAUCUCAAACCAGAGAACGAGAACGCACCGCGCACAACCUUCGGCUUCCUCUACGCUGCUCUGGCACGACGCUACAACCUAGGACUCAAUCCUUUCACCGUCAUGUCGUGCGACAACAUGCAGAAGAACGGCUCCAUCACACGCCACAUGCUAGAGUCAUUUGCUCGCUCGCGUAAUCCCGAGAUAGCGGAUUGGAUUGCCGAGAAAGGCGCUUUCCCUAACGCCAUGGUCGACCGCAUCACACCUCAGACAUCAGAGCACGAUAAAGCUGCACUAGCAAAGGAGUUCCUCAUUGAGGAUGCAUGGCCCGUCGUCACAGAGCCCUUCAUGCAGUGGGUUAUCGAGGACAAGUUCUCUGACGGCCGCCCACCAUUCGAGAACGUCGGUGUCCAGGUCGUUAAUAAUGUCCACGACGUCGAGCAGUUCGAGAUGCACAAGCUCCGUCUGCUCAACGGCAGCCACUCCGCCAUCGGCUACCCAGGCCAACUGGCAGGCUUCAAAUACGUCCACGAGGUCAUGGAUAACCCACAGUUGCGCAAGUUGGUAUGGGAAAUGAUGCAAGAGGAGGUGAAGCCGCUCUUGCCCCAGAUUCCAGGCGUCGACAUUGAUGAGUAUUGCAAAACACUCGUGAAGCGCUUCUCCAACUCAACAAUCCAGGAUCAGCUGCCCCGCAUCUGUCUCAAUGCUUCCGGCAAGAUCCCGCAGUUUAUCAUGCCGUCGAUUGCCGAGGUGAUCAUGAAGUCUAGGAAGGAUGGCAUCGAAUAUCCGUUCCGCCGCCUGUGUUUCGUUGCGGCUGCUUGGUUCCAUUAUAUCAAUGGUGUCGAUGAACAGAACAAGAAGUUCGAUGUCGUUGACCCCAUGCUUAACGAGCUCCGGGCUGCGGCCGAGGCUGACCGUGGCGGCCCCGAAGGACUGCUCCAAAUUAAGAACCUCUUCGGUGACGACUUGCGCAGCGAUGAGAGGUUCAUAACUGAGAUGAAAAAGGCCAUGAAAGAUAUUGCCGAAAAGGGCGUCUUGGAAACACUCAAAAUUUACUUCCCCGACCGAAAGGAGAACGGAGAGGACGUUGACUAA